AUGUUUUCAUAUUUUUUUCGCUCUGACUCUCAAAGUUCUGAUUGGGCACUAAAACCAUCGAAGUAUCCAAAAAAUUCAGAAAACAACUACACAAGUAAAGUCCUACUUCCCCACUACGUCCUCAAGGAUCUGGUUGCCUUUAAUAUUCAACCGCCAUAUGUUUUUGAAAUUUCACAUGAAAAUGGAAUAUACAAAACAGUUUGCUCGGUACUUGAUUUCCUGCUUGAUGACGACGAGGUAGUUGUGCCUUCCUGGAUGUUUGAGCAGCUAUGUUUGGAUACAGCAGACAAGGUUUUCCUGAAACAAAUAGAAAUUGAAAAGGGUGAAGGAGUGAAACUUCUUCCACAUAGUGUGGAAUUCUUGGAGCUUGAGAAUCACAAGAAGGAACUGGAAAAGACACUGACAAACUACCAUGUAUUAAGCUAUGGAGAUGAAAUACUGCUGUAUUUUGAAGAGAUAGGAAAAUGUAGAUUUACCGUUACGAAAAUAUAUCCUGAGCAUCUCGAUGUUAUUUACAUUGUCGAUACUGAUCUGAAAGUUGAUUUUGACGAGCCUUUGGGAUACAAAGAAAAGAUUGAGUCUGAAAAAACCGUUAUGAAAUAUGUGGUGGUUGGGAAUGAUGAUCAGCCAAUCAAGAGUCUAAAUAUGAAGAAGCCAGGUCUAUUUUUUGGUUGGGAUAACUUGAGAAACAGUAAUGAAAAAACAGAGUAG